GUCCACGCGAGUGGCGUCGUUAACGCCGUUUGGGUGCACAGCUCCGUUGACAAACCCAGGGAUUGCAAUGACCGAUCCCCUCGGCGAGCACCCUGCAAACCGGUGACCAGAAUAGCAUUCCUGAAGGUCCAUAAGGCGGGCAGUUCCACUGUGGCCAGUCUAUUUCAGAGAUACGGGAUCACGCACAACUUAAACUUCGUCAUUCCCCGGAAACGUCUUCACGCCUUCGGCUACAAUUACUUCGGCCAGUUCGGCGAUUCUCUCUCCACGAGUAACGUUUUGCCGGUUCCCGACGGCCAAUCAUAUGACGUGUUGUGGAAUCACGUGGUUUAUAACCAGACCGCAUUCAGGUCCCUUCUGCCCAACGAUACGGUUUAUGUGACCAUUGUACGAGAACCGUUCGACCAGUUCGUGUCAGCGUUUGAUUAUUUUGGGAUGUACACCACCAACUAUGUACAGAGUGCCCUGAAAAUUGAAAUACCCAACCCAGUUUCCGACUAUCUCAAAAACCCUACACAGUAUGAGCCUGCUAACGUUGUCAUGAGUCGUGUUCGGAACAAACAAUCUUACGACCUUGGGAUGACCCGGAAGGAGAUUUUAAACCCUAUCCUGAGGUCGCGAUACAUCGCGCAGCUUGAUAAUGAUUUCCGGUUGGUGAUGAUAAUGGAUCAUUUCGACGAGUCCAUUGUUCUAUUAAGGAGGAAGCUGUGUUGGAGCCACAAGGAUGUGUUGUACUUCAGAAAGAAUGUCAACCCUUACCACAGAAAGAGAUUCUUCCACAACUCAGAUUACAAUAGUCACAGACAGAUCUCGCAGUCCGACUACCAGCUGUACGACUAUUUUCACAAAGCAUUCUGGGAAGCCGUCUGGAAGGAGGGCCCUGGAUUCUUCGAGGAAGUGAAGUACUUCAAAAAACUUUUAAAGAAAAGUCUUGACUACUGCCUCACGGGAAGGGUGUUGUACGUUCCCAGGACCAAGUGGAGUGCUGGGUUCGUCGUAGACGAAGACGACUGUAAUUUGCUGAGUCUAACAGAACUUCAGUUCCUUGACAAAAUAGUCCAGUACUCGGCGGAGAAAAUCUACAAACAGUAUGUUGCAAAGAUGGCCAGUUCCACUAUAUAUAUGACGAAGCAAUUGCCACGUAAAGGAAAAGUUACUUGA